AUGUAUCUGCUCGUAGCCGCGGCCCGAGAAUGGCUUGGCGGCGUCGCAGCUUUUCAGACUGUAGUGAGUCCUGAGCAUGACUGGGUCUAUCAAACAGUGUCGCAUUUCCCGACAUGCGGGCUCAUCAAAGCUAUCGGGGAUGGUCCUCUUUCCCUGAUUCAGCAGCUCAAAUCGGAGAACGUGAAAUUGGAGGUUGUCGAUGCUCAUGGAGCGUGGGUCACCCCUGAGAUUGUGGAUCUGCACUCCCAUAUCAGCGUCGAAAGUGCGCCCAAGCUAAAUGCCACGAUGAAGCUCGCUUUGUCUUUUGUUUUUGCUGCAAUCGCUUUGGUACAGGUGACAGCGGCAGCACCCGUUAUCGACGGGCGUGCCAUUGGGCUGUUCGAACGUCUCGUUGCCGAGGGCUCCCCUGAUGUCGAAGAAAUCGAGAAGCGUGCCUUGAAGUUGUUCGCAGAUCGCGCUGCUGAGGGCUCCCCUGAUGCCGAAGCGAAGACUGUUACUGGCUUUGGUCCUGUGUGCCUCGCGAAGAAAUUGGGCUUGGGGUGUUUUCGCAAGGGGAUGUACUCAUUUGCGAGUGGAUGGGUGUCGAGAAGGGAUGCGGAUGUUCUAGAAGCGGAACGCGACGAGGCUAUAAGCGCAGCGCCAGAGAAGGUCGCUAUAGAAGUCAGUGCAAAGCACACCACAGCGGUGGUCAUUGCAUAUCUUAUGCAGAAGACGCCCUUUGUGUCCCCGAUCACUGGUGGGCGAAAAACAGUUGCAGGCCAACCUAGAAUCGGGUAG